AUGCAUUUAGUCGUAGAAAAGUACCAACUUAGACCAGAUUUCUUACAUUCACCUCAACCAAUUUGGGUUUCAUUUCUGCGCGAUAGUCGGGACUGCGUUGUGAACGCUAUAGUAGAGUUUUUGGAUUACAAUUUCGAGAUGAAUGGCCCUCCUCAAUAUCGUGAUUCAGAUGGCGAAAUGGUUGUGUUAGAAAAUAAAGAAGCAUUUGAAGUUGCUGUCGAUGAUAUAAUGCAAACAUCUUUGAAACUUUUUAUCAUGCAUGUCGACGGCACGUAUAAACACGGAUUGCCUAAGACAGAAUACUCUGCAGCAUCUGUCGGCACGUAUUUGAUAGGUGUUUUACAGACACAGUUUGCUUCUGUAAUGGACGAGAAUGUUUUGUGUGAAGUUAAGAACGAUUUAGCUAAUUUGGUGGUUGCGAGUAUUGGCGAAAGACUGAAUGAAGUAAUCACGCAACAUCCAGGAUUAGUGAAGCUAGAGCAGUUCGUAGAUGAAGCCAGAAAACAGAAGCCACUUGAUUUAUUGGGCCAAGAAGUACGACCAGAGCAAAACGCGGUGAAAGCUAAUUUUUCGUCAUCUGCGAGCAAUAAAGCUUGUCUUGAGGAAGUAUCGAAAUUGGGCAGUAGAAAUUGCUCCAAAGCUUUUCGUUUGGUUGAACAAAGUUCCGUCUUUAGCGGAAAGGGUUUGUCAGAUCUGUCAACUGGUUGCGAAGAAGAUGGGAUAUUUUUCAAGCAGUGGAUUCUUCAUCGUCCUGAUUCACCAAAAUAUGUAAAUGUUAUGGUAGCUAAAGAGUACUCAACCGAGAGACUGGAAAUAGUUCGCUCGAAAUUGAAUGUAACAUUAUGUGGAGAGAGUCAAACUGUCCAAUUUUCCGUUUGGGUAAGAUCCACUGGCAUAGGAUUAGCGUGUGCCAUAUGGCAGCUUUAUACUCUGGAUGAAGGCAGUAUGAUUCCUAUUCCUGAAGGGCCAUAUUUACGUCUUCAGAUACAUUCUCUCUUUGUUGGGCAACCAGUUACGUUUAGUAAUCAAGACGAGUCAUUUUCAAAUGUUUCAUCAGCUGAAGAUUUGGUUGAAGAAGAAGUUACCCAAAGUGUAGAAAAUUUGACCCACUCUACUGCUGCAUCGGACUUCGAAGUAGUUGUUGGAGAUGAUGUUAACUGCCUAGGAUGUGAGAAUUAA